AUGACUCUGACCAGUGAGGAGAAAAAAAUCCUAAAGGAUAUUUUUGGAAAGAUUGCAGGUGAUGCGGAGAGCCUUGGUGCGGAAGCCUUUAACAGAAUGUUCUCAAGCUUCCCUCAGAUGAGAAACUAUUUCAGCCAUGUAGACAUCAGCCCUGGCUCUGCUCAUCUCCAUUGACAUGGCGGUAAAAUUUUUGCUGCUCUUGGAAAGGCUAUCGACAACAUUGAUAACAUGCCAUCUGCUCUCUCAGAUCUUAGUGACCUGCAUGCCUACACGAUCAGAGUGGACCCUGCCAACUUCUCGAUCCUUUCUCACAAUAUCUUGGUUGUCCUUGCUGGCCAUCUACUAGGUGCUUUCACCCCUGAAGUCCAUAUUGCCUGGGACAAAUUUCUAGCUGCUAUUUCCUGUAUCUUAACACGGAAAUACAGAUAA